UCCGACGGAUGCCUAGUAGAGUCAAAAGCAUGGGAAAGCAAAACGACGUCAGCCUUGAUGGUAAGGGAGUGUCUAACCAAGCGGGUAAUACUUCCGCCUAGCAACACGUUGUUUGGCUCCUCCCAUGGUUACCUAGCAGAGGCGCUGCAAAGAAGGCAACAUGGCUCAGAGGGAGGAUGGAGCGUUUGUUCUGCACGGCAGGAAAGCGGCGCUCAGUGAAAAGCCAUAUGAAUUUCUGAGCAAUACACAGAAAACCACCAGCAGCCACAACCUCAGCUUUCAGGGAGCAGCCCAUAACCGCAGACUACACGCCAGCUAUGACCGGCCUAAAGAAAUCAUCAGCAGUCCUGUAUCACAGUACACCAAAGAAAAUCCAAGCAUUGAUGACUUAGAGGAUAACUUGCGGAAACUUAAAGUCCAAGUAGAUAGCUUGGCCUCUAGUCUUAAUUUGGACUAUGAGAACGAUACCAACCCCUAUAGCUCUAAAGAUGUAAACAAGCCUCAAUGGUCAACACAUAUUAAUGGUACCUCUUCUGAAAUAUAUAAUAGUAGCUCUGUAAAGACAGUACCAGAUUCUGACUGGUUUCUUAAGCCAAAUCACUUUGUGAAAGCACAGGAAAACUACUCUGCAGUUCAGAGUGCUGGUUUGCCAACAUUUUCAACAUCAUCUUAUUAUUCAGUGGGAAGAGAGAUUUCAGGGAUGGAUUCAAUGACUUCAUCUGUGUCCCCUUUUGAUAUGACCUAUAGUGAAAAAAUUCCUGUGAAGCUUGGAGCACCUCAUGUAGUUGGAGUCAAAUCCCUUCUGCCUCCCAAAGUCCCUGUCCGCUCUCGCUCUCUAGAAAAAUCGAAAGCCUCAGUUGUGCGAGGAAGGUCACAAUCCUUAGACCGUUCUCACUCAUUUUCCCCCGUUUCCAAAAAAGCAAGAUGGCCGAGAUCACGCUCACAAUCACCGAAUCGUGUUUGGAGGCCGAACUCUGCCAAAGCCAAUGCCUGUGGACAACCAGCGCCACGACUAAAGUGCAGUGGGAAAACUUCUUCCUCCAAUAGACAAUCACGGUCACGGUUCUACAGGCCUGGCUCUGUGGUUACAAGAUCUGUCACGCCACUCAGAAAAACAAAGAGUAAUCUCAGUUAUUCCUGGAGUCCUUAUAGUAUACCGUCAACUUCAAUAUCUGCACCAAGUGCUGAGGAAAUUAGCGAAAAAUUCUUACAGACACUUACUGAGGGAGGUGUGGGAAGAUCAGUAUUGGAAGCAUCCCCCUAUCAACAGGAGCUAGCGAGGCUAAGACUAGAGCGUCUUCGGGUGGAAGAAGACCUGCUACUGGAAAUUAAGAGGCAGCAAGAGUUGGAACGAACCAGAGGGCCAAGGCCCAAAUGGUAUGAGAUGAAAAGCUCACAGUUCCACUAUGAGGCACGCAAAAAUAACGAAUUUCUAAAAAGUAGCAAGGAAUAUCAGUCCAUCUAUAACUACCGCCAGGAACUUACCGCAGCUUCCCGCAACUUCCAGGAACACCUGAAAAUUACACACUUGGACCCUGUAUAGGUGUUAGGGGACCUGCUGCACAGGGGAUUCUUCUGUUGUUAGCCCGUGUGUUAGCCUGUGUGUGUGUGCUUUUGUCUGUGGAAUGGCAGCUGAGGAAGCAGAAAAAUAUUAAAACCUGUGUUUGUAAAAAUAGUUAUCUGUGUUCAGAAUGAAGAUGUUUAUGUUGCAAAAAGCAUAAUUGGUAUGAGGUCUGUAUCCUCUUAGUGCCCGAGGGACUCAGAUAGAGGAGAAGGAAAGUUACAAUCACUGGGCGCCAAAUGUUAGUGAUCACUUACCUGAUACCCCAGUCCGGUGCUCCUGUUAGCUGAAAACUGCAGCACACCGGGGUUUCUUUAGAAUCCGGGGCCAACACAUUCGCAAUAAAGUGAUAAAAGCUGACUUUAAGUUGUUCAGCUUUUCAGCAGGUACCUGGGUCUUUGUGUUUUUUCUGGGUAAAGGAACACCAGCCCAGUAUAUCAGGUAAGUGAUUGCAAUCACUGGGGGGUGCCUAACAUUUUUGCACCCCUUAGUAGUUGAGACUUUCCUUCUCCUUUAAUAAAAUGUAAAUGUGUUGGUGAAUGCUGCAGAGGGUUUCUCAGGGUUAUGGUUAUGGUGACCCAAAAUCAUUAGUAAAUUCCAUGCAUCUGUUAUCCAUAUUAAAUUCCUACCUGUUGUCAAAUAUCCCCAUCUUUAUAAAACGAGCUCAGUUCAAUUGAACAAAGUAAAAAAAAAAAGAAGAGCACAUUAAUUGGCUAAAGAUUUAUUUUACUGCAUCUCCUAUGUGGGCAUCAGUGCUUUACCCUGAAAGAGCUAAAAAUAAUUCAAUGUUAGUUUCAUUCCCUGUUACUCCCAUAGUCUGGCUGAAUUGCAGACUUAGGUUCAGUUGUUCAAAUACUAAUCCAUGUUUGAUUAAGCACGUUAAUGACAGAAUCAUUUAUUAAUGGUGUACACACAUGUAAGAGGGAAACCAUCAUCUACCAUUCCUUCCUGCUCCCUUUUUAUGUGUGACUUUAUCUGUUACCAUCUCUUUGAUUUGUGAGUGUACUAAUUUAUUAAAAUACUGUUAAUAAAAUUAUGACUUGCAUACAG